CUGUCCCCCCGAGCAGAGCAGAGGCUGCCUUCUUGUGCGCGAACUGCGCGGACCAAGAUGGCGCCGCAGCAGGAGCCUGACGCGCCGCCACUUGGUUUCUUCGAGCGGAUAUCCACCUGUGACGUGGCCCUCAGGAAGCGUCAGCGUCAGCGGCAGGCGAGCGGCAUGGCCUCCACCGACCGCGCCCGGCCGCCGCCUCCGCUCCUUCUGCAGCCGCCACCGCCACCGGAGCCGACGCACGCGGUACUACCGGUGCCGCCGGAGCCCAGGCCCAUUCCGAGCUGCACGGUCGUCGACGGCGUCCUGGGCCUGCUCCGGUCCGGCGAGGCCUUCCUCCGUGGCGCUUUCCGGGGCAGCUCCGGCCACGCGUCUCCUCCUCGGCCACCGCUGCCGCACUCGCAGCAGCACCACAGCCCUGGUGACAUCAUGAAGCGGCUGCAGCGGGAGACGUUCCCGGACGUGAUGAGGCUCAUGGACAGGCACGAGCAGAUCGACCGCAUCGUGUCCAUGUACAAGAACGGCAUGGGGUUCCACUUCCCGGACCUCCCCGUCCGGGCCAAGGUGGUGCUGGAAGCUGUCGGGGCGCUGUUCCUCGUCGACGGCGACGAGUUCAACCACGCGAGGCAGAUCCUCGGCGUGGCCGGGAACAGGACGGGCCUCAGCUCCAGGUUCGUCCUCGAGUCCAAGACCAGGGGCAAGGACACCAUCGCGGCAGAGUUCUCCACCAGGCGCGGGACAGGGGUGAUGAGCCUCGAGGCGGAGGAGGACGACGGGAGGCCCCUGGAGCUGACCAGGCUGCAGUACUGCGCCCACGUCAACGACUGGCUCUCCAUGAUCCUGGUUCCGUUCGGAGCUCAGUGCAACGGCUUUUUGCACGGCUUGAGCUUGAUCCAGAAUCUGCCAAGCCAGGCCUCUCUCGACGGGCCGCCUUCCUUCUCUGAACAACACAACUGUGCCGCCGCUUUGAGCAUCAGGGGAUCCAAGUUCACCGCGUCGCUGGCUGAGCUUGUCUUCGGUUCAGGAGCACAGGACGGCGACCAUGGGGUGGCCAACCGAAUGACAACGUUUGGGCAGCUGUGCUACGAACCGGCGGAAGAUGUCAAGCUCAGCUUGUCGGGGCUAUGGCAGAUCUGCCCGCUGUCAUCCCGGUUCAACAACCUCGGGACGCUUGCCGUUCCCCUUGGCAGCCUAAAACCGCAGAGAAAUGCUUCUACGACGACUCAUCAGGGAUCAAGCAUAAUGGUACAAGGACCCGGCAUUCCUUCUCUAAUUGCUCCCGUGGCUAUGAUGGCGCAGACUGAUCCUGCACCACGCGGACCGGAGACCCAGUCUGUACAGUCGGUCGCGGCGAUGGUGGACUGUGAACUCUUCGAAGCCAUGAGAGCACAAGGGUGGGUUGAGAUCGAACGGCGAUCCGGCCAUGUCCCGGUGCGCUGGGGCUGCAGCCUGUCCAACACCCCGGAGCACGAGCUCGGGUGGGGCGUGAGAAUGGGCGGCACGGCAGAUGGGGAAGAGCACCGCCCGCACCUCGAAGGGUUCCUCAGCUUCAACCUCGGCAGGGGCGGCAAGCUGCAGCCAGGCCUCGUGUACGUCAUGGAGGGGGAGAAGCGCACGCCGGCCCUGGUCCUGCGGUCAUCAUGGUUCAUGUGAACGCCUGUGUGUGCCUUGCAGCUGCAGCGCCAUGGUCUAUCUGAUUGCCUAGAGUUCUUGUUAUCUUCUUCUUCUUCCCCUGCAAACUGCAGCUCUUCAUGUUUGGUCGCUUUUUUUAUUGCUCUGCUCUGACAUGGCUCAGCAAGCUAAUGAACAUGCUUCAGUUGACUCACAA